AUGGGAGGUUAUGAAGGGAAAACCAGAAAAACUUCGGCUAGUUACUACGCUGCUAGAGCUCACACACCCCCAGUCACAAAGCGAAACCAAGUAUGCAAGGAAAACACCAAGCACGCAUGCGCACUCCAUUCAGCCACUCAGCAAGGAGGCUGGCUCAUACCGGCUUUUCUCUCAUUUGACCAAGUGUCCAUUUUGCUUGAGACGCUUCCAGAGAACGAAAGAUAUACAGUACUUCGUAGUACUGAGAAGUCAUUGGUUCCUCCAAGAAGCGAUGGAGAUACAGGAUAUGAAGUAAAGAAUAAGCUGGAAAAAAUUGGAGCUCAACUUAGCAGUGUUGUUGUGGAAAACAAAACAAGAAUGCAGUCCUAUGUUAAAAGUGUAGUCAAAGACUGCAACAGGAAUAUCAAAGAACAUUGGAAAGUUCAUCAAGAGGAAAUGCGGGAAUUUAAAAUUGAAUAUACUGAGCAGACUAUAAGUGUGUUUAAGCAAUGGGAUUCUGAUAUAAAGCAAGUUGAAGACCAAGAAAAUGAACUAACUGGUAUUUUUAAUCAACAACAGAAGACUUUUCAACAAGCUAGAAUGCUUCAGACUGAUAGCCUGAAAGCACUUAAGCAGGCAGAUGAUGAGUUCUUAAAGGAUUUGGAGGAUUUGGAGAAUUAUAGCAGUGUGCUUAAGAGUAUACGCAAUGAGUUUAAAAAGCAGAAGACUCUGCUGCAAAGAAAUAUUACAGAUGGUUAA